AUGGCUACCAUCUCGCGCGCAUCGCGCAUUCGCAACCCCGCACUAUUCAUCUGCGACAUCCAAGAGAAAUUCCGCGGAAUCUACGAGUUCCCCAAACUGUACGAAUCUACCCAACACCACCCCACCCCCAAUAUCCAAGUCCACCAUCUAACCAAGCAACCCCAAACCAGCAUCUCAACAACACAAAAAAUGCUCAAAGCAGCCUCAACCCUCCAAAUCCCAGUCUACAUCACAACCCAAAACAGAGCCAAACUUGGCACCACAGUCGUAGAGCUCCAAGAGCACCUAAACGGCCCACACAUUCGCGCAGACGUGGACAAAACACUCUUCUCAAUGAUAACACCGGAAAUCUCAAACCUACUCCCACAGCCUGGAUCUGGAUCCCCACCACUGGAUGUGAUAAUCGUCGGGAUCGAGACUCAUAUCUGUGUGACGCAGACGACGCUUGAUUUGUUGGAAAGGGGGCAUCGGGUUUAUAUUCUUGUUGAUGGCGUUAGUAGUAUGAAUGCCGAGGAGCGAGGGAUUGCAUUGGCGCGGUUGAGGGAUGCGGGUGCUAUUGUUUCUAGUAGUGAGAGUGUUCUUUUUGAGAUUAUUGGGGAUGCUGGACAUGAGGGAUUUAGGGCUGUUAGCGGGUUGGUCAAGGAGAAUUGA